AUGGACUCACACUACGCCAUCAUUUCCAGGCUGCUGGUCCUCAUUCUGGCAAUCGCUGUCAGGCAGACAGCAGCAGUCAAUGCCAAGGCCUCCCACUACGAGGGGAACUUGUCCGGAGGCAACUGCAUGCUCACGUCCUACACGAUCCCGGCCGGCAUUUUUGGCACAGCCAUCUCGAACUCCAACUAUGACAGCUCGAGCAUGUGCGGCGUCUGCCUCACCGUCAAAGGUCCAAACGGGAGCAUGAAGGCCAUGGUCGUGGACAGCUGUCCUGACUGCACACCAAACAAGCUGGACCUAUUUUCGGAUGGCUUCAGAAGCAUCGGGGAUCUCAACGCGGGCAUCAUCGACGUCGACUGGGAAGUUACCUCCUGCGGGAUCACAGAGCCGCUCAAAGUACGAAACAAGGACGGCACAUCCAAGCACUGGUUCUCGAUGCAAGUUUACGACAGCAACCAGCAAGUCAAGUCGCUCGACGUCAGCACCGACGGCGGGGCGACCUGGCAACAGACUACGCGUCGCCCCUAUAACUUCUUUGAGAAGACCAGCGGCGGCGGCUUCGGUGCCGACUCGAUCACGGUUCGAGUCACAUGUGCAGGUGGUGGCCAGGUGACUAUAGAAAACGUCGGCGUCGCUGGCGGUUCCGGCUUCACAGCCUCGGGUAACUGCUAG